AUGGCCCACGAGCCGCUACAUGGAUCAUGCUCAUGUGGUCGUAACGAGUACAGUAUUCAGAUACCGGAGGAUGUGACCGAGCAUGCUGAAGUAUAUUUUGAUACUUCCCGAGAUAACCGCCGAUCUCAUGGUACACCUAUCACAGCCUGGCUUCGCGUACCUCUUGACUGGUAUCAGUCGAGCACCCGAUCUUACUUUCCGGACGAGACGCAUUCCUCUAUUCGACGCAUCUUCACACCGCACCAUGCACCUGACACUCGGCGCAUCUUUUGCGGCUUCUGUGGAACACCAUUGACUUUCUGGACGGAGAGACCGGAAGAGGAAGCCGAAUUCAUGAAUAUUGCAAUUGGAAGUUUGUUCAGCGAGGAUCAGCGUGUUCUGGAGGAACUCGACCUUCUUCCAGCAGAUUCUGAUGAGGAAGAAUCAGAGGCUGGACCAUCCAACGCAACCCUGACACCGGCAAUGGACACUUCAGCCUCCAUUAUUGUGCCCUCUUUUGGCAAUCAGGGUCUCAAGCGAAGCUUCCGGCACGGUACAGCCGGCGGAAUCCCUUGGUUUGAGGAAAUGAUUGAAGGAAGCCGCCUCGGCCGGCUGAUGCAAUCUCGGCGUGGGAUGGGCGUCAGUGACGAUCAAUCCACUACUUUCGAAUGGGAAAUCAGUGAAUGGCACGAUGAUGGAACUGGUGGUCUGAUACAACAAGAAGAUCAGGAUGGUCAUUACAUUGGGAAGAGAAAGCGGGGCCAGCAGGUAGAGGUCAAAUCGAAGUCGAAAAGGACUUGA